AUGGAACUCAAGCGAAAACAUUUUCGCGCCAUAAUUUAUUGCAACUUUCAGAUACAAUUAUCGCAACAAGAAUGCCUUGCUGAGUUACUGUCUGUUUUCGGCAACGAAGCGCCACAUCAGUCGACAAUUUCCCGUUGUCUUAGCGACGAUUCUAGGGUGGGUGCACCAAAAACGGCAGUCACCCAGGAAAACGUCGAUGCUGUGCGCAAACUCAUCAUUGAAGAUAGACAUGUGACAUAUCGCGAGAUUGAGGCGUCCUUGAAGAUCUCAAAGACCUCAAUUAAAAAAUUUUCACAUGAAGAAUUAGGAGUAAGAAAAUUAGUUUCUCGUUGGAUACCCCACCUGUUGACUGAAGAGCAGAAAGCAGCCAGGGUUAAUUGGUGUCAAAAAACGCUUGACCAAUUUGCUAGUGGUGAUGAAUCGUGGAUUUAUUGUUAUGAAUCAGAAAAUAAACAACAGUCGGCUGUUUGGGUGUUCCAAGGUGAAGAAAAGCCAACAAAAAUGGACGCGACAUUUUUGUCAAAAGCGGGUCAUAUUGCAACAAUUCCUCUUAAUGAGCAAAGAACUGUUACUGCGGAUUGGUAUACCAUCAUUUGUUUGCCAAAAGUCAUCACCGAGCUUCGAAAAAUCAACCCCGAAAUAAGAAUCAUCCUCCACCAAGACAAUGCAAGUUCGCACACAGCCCAAAAAACAAGGCAGUAUUUAACGGAAGAAAACGUGGAAUUAUUGGAUCAUCGUCCAUAUAGUCCCGAUCUAAGUCCUAACGAUUUCUUUACUUUCCCGAAAAUUAAAAACAGACUGCAUGGUCAAAGGUUCCAGUCACCAGAAGAAGCAGUUGACGCAUUCAAAAAUGCCGUUUUGGAUCUGCCAGCAAACGAGUGGAAUAAGUGCUUCGAAAAUUGGUUCGAGCGCAUGCAGAUGUGUAUUAAUCUUCGUGGAGAAUACUACCUACUUACGAAAGUACAAAAUGUACAAAGGAACUAG